UUUCAAAGCCAUUAAAUUAAUUCAAAACCGCAAUGAACUUACAAAUUUAUUGACGAUUUAUUCAACUUGAACGCUUUACAUUCACUGAAAGAUCGCAUACAAAUAAUGACGCAACCCAAAACGCAAUAUCGAUAUAUCGGUUCGCAUACGCCUCCGAGAGCCUCAAUCGAAUCAGUGCUAAAUGACCCACAACUCUACAUAAGGCACCUCGUAACAUACAUUACGAAUUUUGCUGUAAUCCCGAGAGGUAGCGGGGCGUUGAUCGAGACAGUGCAAGCACAACAGUUUACCACGCAGAGCCGCGUCGUGCAGGUGUCGCGAGCCUUCGGGGCCCCUUCGAAGUUUAAAACGUCAGUUCCAAAAUAUUAAAAAAACGCGUCCUCAAAAAAUUACGUCAUCACUUAAUCUAUUAUCGAUAACACGGAAUCGAUUUUAAAAUAAAAAUGUUCGAAUAAAUUUUAAUAAACUUAACAAUUACAUAUUAAAUAUCUUAGUUCCAAAAUGAAUUGUUCAGUGUUAUUAUUAACAAUGUUCUCGUGUUUGUUAUUGCAUCGAUUAUAUCGUUCCCUGUAACGCUGUGCAAGACUUACCUAACUGAACGCAAUCGACGACGAUCUAUCCAGUUCUCUUAACUUAUAUAACUUACACACCUAUUUUCAUUGCAAUUUUAUAUUUUUCUAGUUUUGCUUUAAAUCGUGUGUACUUCGAUUAAAUAUAACAAGUAUUGUAAUGAAAACUACCAAAAUACUACUUUAUAAAAUAUUAACAAAACAAACAGUCAUCUAAAGGCAUUUAAUAAAAAGUGCUAAAUUAGUAGUUAGUGAAAAUGGAAAAUACUACCGUGACCUGUCACAACAUAAUCAAGUGUGACCUAUUACGUCUUGGCACGCCGUAGACUCGAUGCACCGCCCGCAAAGUAAUUAGUUGAAGUUGCGCAACACUAUCGUUCCUGUUUUAGUCGAUUGUGAUCGAGUGAAAUGGACAUUUCGUAUCGAUUUAUCCCAAUUUCUAUUUGAAUGCAAAUUCGGUUGCGCAAUGACGACGAAUGUACAUGAUUUUGGAUAAAUUACUAAAUCGCGUUUACCGUUACUCCGCAUUACGUCAUUAUAAAGUAAACACACUAAUUUCGUAAAAUUACAAAAUCUGUCAUGAUAUAAAACGUUGUUUGUAUCUGUAGUAAAAAUCAUGUAAACUUUAAACACUAUUCAUGUAAUCUGAUAAAAUUUUAAUAAGGGACAAAUAAUAGGAACAAUAGUGAAUAAUAAAGAGUAAACCUGGCAAUUUAAAAACCUAAUAUGGGGAUAAAUAAAAUAAUAGUUUGGGUCCGUGUCAUCGACCACAUUAGUAAAAGUUUCAUCCGUUGACUUGGACAGUUGUUAGAACAUCAGCGAAGGGUAUUGUCAUAAAUUCAAUAUCCAUUCAGUGGUGUACUUAAAACAUUUGGUAAUAGUCUCACGUUAGAUUAUUUUUCCUAUUACAAUCCGAUUAUUUUUCAGGUGAAUCCAAAAACCAGCAUAGUGAUAGCACAGUAAACGAAUAAACUUUUUUGUACUAUUACGAAUAAUUUUCAAGUGUAACUAGUGAGGUUUAAUCUACAGACACAUUUGUGAAGUCAGCUGGGAAUGUUAAUUAGUUUUUAAAGAAUUUCUGUGUGUUUGUACAGUUUGUUACUAUUACAUAUUUGGAAGUCGGAAGGACAUUAUCAGAGAUAAACAUGCAACAACAACAGCAUUUUACAUACAAACAGGAAAGCGAUGUCGCGUAACAUGCUGCUGCAUAUAACCACAAAAUUCCAUCAAAUGAAAAAAAGUAAACCACCAGACUCGACCAAUACAAGCACCUUCGACAUUUGAAAAAGCAAAACUGAACAAGAAAGUAAUGAGAUACUGAAAACAAAAGAAAAACUGUGAUUAAAAAGAAAAUGGGUGUGCACGUUCUUCUAGCGUCCACGGCCUUGAAAACUGUCAGUGUGACCGGAUUAUGGUUAAUACCUCUGUUGCUUGGGGCGCUGACUUAUCACAACUAUAACUCGUAUGAUCCGGAAUCCAAGGUGCUGGAUAAGGAACCGAGGCGAGAGUAUGACUUCAUAGUGGUCGGGGGAGGAUCGGCAGGCGCCGUUGUAGCAAACCGACUGACCGAAGUCUAUAAUUGGAACGUUCUCUUGUUAGAAAGUGGUCCCGAUGAAAACGAAAUAACGGACGUCCCUUCGCUAGCAGGGUAUCUGCAGCUAACGAAGCUGGACUGGCAGUACAAGACCGAGCCGACGCCAUACGCUUGUCUGGGCUUCAAGAAACACAGGUGCAGUUGGCCUAGGGGCAAGGUUCUUGGGGGAUCGAGUGUUCUCAACUACAUGAUAUAUAUUCGUGGAAACAGUCACGAUUUCGAUCAGUGGGAGUCUUUUGGAAAUCCAGGUUGGGGCUAUCAAGAUGUUCUCAAAUACUUCAUCAAGUCUGAAGACAACAGGAACCCUUAUUUAACUAAGACCAAAUAUCAUGGAACGGGAGGAUAUCUAACGGUCCAGGAAGCGCCAUGGAGAACGCCCUUAGUCGCAGCUUUCGUUGAAGCCGGAGUCGAAAUAGGAUACGAGAACAGGGACGUUAAUGGAGCUAUUCAAACUGGAUUUAUGAUAGCCCAAGGAACAAUCAGACGGGGUUCGAGGUGUAGCACAGCAAAGGCCUUCUUAAGACCUGUGCGAACACGAAAAAAUUUAGACGUAUCAUUGAAUUCGCAAGCAACAAGAGUACUCAUAAAUCCAGUGACCAUGAAAGCGUACGGUGUGGAAUUUGUGAAGCACGGUGUAAAAAAAGUUGUAUAUGCGAGAAAGGAAGUGAUCUUAUCCGCGGGUGCUAUAAAUAGUCCCCAACUACUCAUGUUAUCAGGAAUAGGACCGAAAGAUCACUUGAGAGAUGUGGGUAUUAAGGUGAUCAAGGAUUUACCAGUGGGUGAGAAUUUACAAGAUCACGUUGGAGUCGGUGGUCUUACAUUUCUAGUCGAUAAGCCUGUAGCUAUAGUUCAGAAUCGAUUCCAAGCAUUUCCUAUUUCGAUGAAUUAUGUUGUCAAUGAAAGAGGUCCAAUGACUACUUUGGGCGGUUUGGAAGGUGUUGCUUUUGUUAACACCAAAUACGCAAAUAGUUCCGGGCUUUGGCCAGAUAUACAAUUUCAUAUGGCACCAGCUUCAUUUUCGUCUGACAACGGUCAAAUCGUGAGAAAAAUUCUCGGACUUACCGAUGAAUUAUAUGAUACAGUAUACAAACCUAUUGCGAACAAAGAUGCCUGGACGAUCAUGCCCUUACUGCUCCGUCCAAAUACACGAGGCUACGUUAGAUUAAGGAGUUCGAAUCCCUUUCAUUAUCCAAUAAUGAAUCCUCGAUAUCACGAAAACGCACUAGAUGUUGCGAGACUUGUCGAAGGGAUAAAAAUCGCUGUAAAAGUCGCAAACGCGUCACCGUUUCGACAAUUUGGAUCAAGACUUUACAACAAGCCAUUGCCAAAUUGCAAGCAGUUCCAAUUUAUGUCUGAUGAGUAUAUAGAAUGUCAAGUAAGGACAAUUUCGAUGACGAUAUAUCAUCAGUGUGGGACAGCGAAAAUGGGCCCGUCUUGGGACAAAGAGUCAGUUGUCGAUCCGAGAUUGAGGGUUCACGGUGUUGAAGGACUUAGAGUAAUAGAUGCAAGUAUAAUGCCCACUAUUGUAAGUGGGAAUACAAAUGCUGCGGUUAUAAUGAUAGGUGAAAAAGGUUCGGAUAUGAUAAAACAAGAUUGGUUGAAUAAACGGUGACAUUAAGAAAGUAGUCUAGUGUGGAAUUCAGUUACCAGUUACAUUUUUUGUAAAUAUUAAAUGUUGUUUAAGUUUUGUUCCAAAGACGACUUAGCUAUUACGUUUGUUAAUUAGAUUAAGUUGUGAAUAUGAAUGUCUUGUCA